CAGGCGGAUCUCACACCAAUUGCCAACUGGCCACCGCUGGGGUCGGAGCACCGCUCAAUCCGGCUUAACAGCCCCCGGACUACUCGAUCCCGUGACCGCCUGUGGAAGUGGAGCUCUUUUCCUCCGACUCCUCAGCCCUCGCCCUUCCCUUCCUUCCGGACGCCCCGGCAAUUCCCAUAACCAGGGGCGCCUAUCUAGCCGGCCCCCGCCCGCCGGUAACCUUACCCUCCCCCACGAAACCCGUGGCCCAAAUAGGAAACCUUAAAAUACCGGGGGUACCCCAAAGCGGGCCGCGUACCAUCCACCUCCUCCUCUCCUUCUAUUUCACUCACUGCCCUCCGCCCUUCCAUCCUCACCUCCCGCUGCCCCCUCUUCUCAAAACCCUAAUAAUUUCUGCCCCCAAACCCUAGAUCUUAGAUCCCAAUCCCUCCACAUUAUCCUCCAAAGGACCAUUUUUUAGAUCUGUCAUGGGCUCGGAGAUCCCUCCUUCCUCCGCCGCCGGCGCGGAUCUCGCCGGCGAAGGGCAGCGGCCAUUCAAGAUCUUUAUAGGCUACGACCCCCGGGAGGACGCGGCCUUCGAUGUGUGCCGCCACUCCCUCCUGAAGCGCUCGUCGGUGCCGCUCGAGAUCCACCCCAUCAAGCAGUCGGAGCUCCGCGCCGCCGGGCUCUUCUGGCGCGAGCGCGGCCCCACCGAGAGCACCGAGUUCUCCUUCACCCGAUUCCUCACCCCCUACCUCGCCGGUUCUCAGGGGUGGGCCAUGUUCGUCGACUGCGACUUCCUCUACCUCGCCGACAUCAAGGAAUUGAUCUCCCUGAUCGACGACAAGUACGCGAUCAUGUGCGUCCAUCACGAGUACGCCCCCAAGGAGACCACCAAGAUGGACGGCGCCGUUCAGACGGUGUACCCGCGCAAGAACUGGUCCUCCAUGGUGCUCUACAACUGCGGCCACCCCAAGAACCGGGCGGCGCUCACCCCCGAGGCCGUCAGCACGCAGACCGGCGCCUUCCUCCACCGCUUCGUCUGGCUCGACGACGCCGAGAUCGGCGAGAUUCCCUUCGUCUGGAACUUCCUCGUCGGCCACAACAAGGUCGAUCCCGACGACCCCGCAACGUUCCCCAAGGCCAUCCAUUACACCAUGGGGGGGCCAUGGUUCGAGAGGUACAAGGAUUGCGAAUUCGCUGAUCUCUGGCUCCAGGAGCUUGAGGACGCGAGCAAGGGGAAGAAAACGGCCGAUGCUUGAUGCCUAGGUGAUGAUGAUAUGAUUGGAUCUGGAUAGCUAGUAACGUUACGAUUUCUACUAAUUAGUAUAAACUACUAUUCUUUUUGUUAUGAUUUUUUUUUUUAAUGCAAGGUUGUUUUCUAGAUCACUAUGUCGUAACAGAUCGAUGAUGAUUUCUGUUCUCUAAUAAGUGAUGUGAAAUGGGCAAUGUGGGUGAUUGCGGUUAGUAAAGUUUAAUGUGGGCUACUUCUGUUCACCAAAAUGCAAUUUUUUCCCCGUUACAAUGGAGAUUUCUUCUAUUAUUACAAUUGAAAGAAUUUAUUUAUUUUCAGCA